GUUCAGCUUACUCACGCAGUCAUUCGAAAUCCGAAGUCACGUCAAGAUGGGAGCGAGCACCAGGACUGGCAAAUUUGCCGUCGGCUUUACGGCGGUCGCGUUCCUGUUUAUCCUGAUUGCGUUCGUGUCCCCGUACUGGCUGCAGACCGAUGGCCGCCUGGAGAAUCCCAAGUUUCACAAUCUGGGCCUGUGGGAACUUUGCCUGAACGACUUCCAGGACAUCCACCGGUUCUACGACACCCGCUUCUCCGGCUGUAUGUGGAUCUUCGAGGAGGAGUACUACAUCUUGCACGAUUACAUCCUCCCCGGGUUCUUCAUAGCGGUUCAGUUCUUCUUUACGCUAUGCUUCACCCUUCUCCUGCUCGGAAUCCUCAUGACGCUCCUCUUCCUGGUUUGCUCCAAGGACAACGAUCGCUACAUCAUGCUGUUGCUGACGAAUGGCACGACCAUGGUCGUCGGAGCCAUCUGCGGCCUGAUUGCCGUCCUAACGUUCGGAUGUUACGGGGACAGCCGCGACUGGAUGCCCAACUGGGAGCACAACGGCAUGGGGUGGGCAUUCGCGCUCGGCGUUGUCGGCGUGUUUGCGCUCUUCCCGGCCGGGAUCCUGUUCAUCGUGGAAGCGCGACGGGCCACCUACCGCCGGCUGAACAACAUUGCCAACGGCGAGAUGGCCGCGUACACCAUGGACGAGCGGAAGUACCGUGGAGGGCAUACCGAUAUCUAAGCGGGGGAGAGCGAGUAUUUUUUUAGAUUUUAGACUAGGAGAUGCGCAAUUCUCAGCGACGAAGGAACGAAUGAAUAUCAAACUAGAUUUAUGCGAUUAGGUUAAGCUAUAGAGACAGAGAUAACGCUUCACAUUCCGUCCGGAUCGUGCGUAAGGGUCACGAUCAAUGUAUUUUGAUGCAAAUUUUUAUCUUUAACGAAAUAAAGAGUUUUUAAAUAACAAAAAA